AGCAAACACACAGGAGGUUAACUCAGACGAGGUAGAUCCAGCUGCAGUAAAUCCACUGAGGGAGAAAGAGAGGGAGGAGAAAAAGAGAGGGAGCAAAGGAAUCGAGAGAGGAAGAAAGGUGACGCAGCAUGCGCUGGCGAGCUGGUUCCGGUUGCCACAGUAACACCUGUGCGAUGGACCAUGGAAACAAACCCCUCUUCCUGUCAUGCUGGUGCUUGCCCCGCGCUCAAUACCUCAGAGAGUCUGACGAGACACGAGGUGACGCACUCAAACACACUUAUCUAGAGCUCCCGCUGGAUCCACUAUCUCUGUAUGGGCAGCCAACUUGGGUGUUAUAUUUGUAGCACUUUAGUGUCAGCCAAAUUUCAAGAGACUUUGGUUCUAUAGAAAAGAAAUGCUCAAAGCGUUGUAGCUAGCACUUUAUUGCUAACACUAAAGCUAUCUAGGAGAUAGAUGGAGGGGUUCGGCAGACCCAGGAGGCGGAGCUGGCCCGGCACAGCUUGUCCUCCAUGGGGGGGAGGAGGAUGAGGGCGAGGGGGAGUCCUGGCGCUGGUCCCCCCUCCCACUGCAGCCUCCGGAUCCCUCUCCUGUCAGCUCUAAGCCGACAUGACAAACUGUUGAAGUAAUCGUCCCAGACUCAGCCGAGCCUAUAGUUCUCCUCAGAUCGCUCUGUUUCUCUCUCGUGCUCAUACACAUUCUCUCUCUCUCUCACUCUUUCUCUCACUAUCAUACUCCUACUCCCCCUCAUAAACACUCAGUCUCUUUCUCUCCACACACUCUCUCUCUCUCUCGUUAUCAUUCAGUCUGUCCUCCUCUCUUCCUCUUGUCUCCAUCUCUCCCUCUUUAAUCAGUGGAUUGUCCACUUUUCUCGGAGGCUCAUAAAAAGGAUUGUGCUUAAUUAUCUUUUUUUUUUUUCCCUCUCCUCUUCAAAGCUCUCUCAGUUCUCUCUCUCUCUGUUGGGGCUUCCAGGGGGGUCUCAAACAGACCCCCUUCAAUGCCUCCGUCUAGCCUAAAGAGCCAGAACUACAGCGAAGCCUGUCUGAGUGGAGCUAUGCGUGGACCUACCAGUGCCACAACGGGACCGUGGGCGACUGAGCACAGCGCUGGCUGUCUGCCUGCCGUCACCUGCUAAUAACCCUGUUUCCCAGGCACCGCUAACUGACUGACGGAGGAAGGGAGGGAGUGACGGAGGUACGGACGGAGAGAGGGACUCGGGGGAGUGCUGGCUCGCUUGUCUGUCCCUUGUGGAAGAGGAGCUCCAACUAGGAACUGUAGCAGGCUCGUGGAUACAAAGCUGGAUAAACACACUGGAUUGACAGACAGACCAUAAGCAUAUGCAGGUACAGGGAUGCAUGUGUAGAGAAGACUCUGGAUAGCAAGACUGAAAACAAGCAAAGAGCUGGGAUGCUGAGGAUGUACUGUGAGAAAUUUGAGCGAACAACCUGACGCGUCAUAGCAAGCUCUGCACCAGUCGAGUCCAGAGGAGCCGGAUCUGAGGAGCACAGGAUCGUCUGGCAGCUCUUUCCCAGCAGUGGAAGAGCGAGGGCGGCGGGCUGGACAGAGGGGUUGAGGCGCCUGGCUGUGGCUGGGUGAAUGCUGCCUGGCGGAGGGGGAGCUACGGCAGCAGCAGCGGCUGCGUGGGCAGCGACGGUGGGUGGAGGAGGAAGAGGAGGAGGGGGGGGAUGGCAUCCACGGGCAUGCAGAUCUUUGCCUUCGUCCUGGCGCUCCUGGGCAUCAUGGGCGCCAUGGUGGCCACGCUGCUGCCCAACUGGAAGGUGAGCGCCGACGUGGGCUCCAACAUCAUCACGGCCAUCUCCCAGAUGCAGGGCCUGUGGAUGGACUGCACCUGGUACAGCACAGGCAUGUUCAGCUGCACGCUCAAGUACUCGGUGCUGUCGCUGCCCGCCUACCUGCAGACUGCCCGCACCACCAUGGUGCUGUGCUGCGUCCUGGCCGCCAUGGGCCUCUGCCUGGCGUCCCUGGGGCUCAAGUGCACCCGCUGGGGGGGCGGGCGGCGCUCCAAGAGGCACGCCGCCAUCGCCAGCGGCGGCUGCUUCAUCGCCGCCGGCUUCCUGUGCCUGGUGCCGGCUUCCUGGUUCACCAACGAGGUCAUCACCAACUUCCUGGACUCCAGCGUGCCCGAGAGCAACAAGUUUGAGCCCGGGGGGGCGGUGUACGUGGCGUUCGUGUCGGCGGGCUUCCUCUUUGUGGGGGGGUCCAUCUUCUGCGUGUCGUGUUCUGGGAAGAGGCACGGCGGGAGGGACAUGGUCCUGCUGCCCCCCCCUGACAAGCUGCUGCUUCACCAGCAGCAGCAGCUCCUCCAGCAGCAGGACCAGCUCCAGCACCAGUACUGCUCCCUCUCCCCCUUAGACAACAAGACUGGCUACAGCCUGCAGGACUAUGUGUGACUGAGCCCUGGCGGUAGGCGCGCAAGCUUUGGGCUAUGGUGGAAAAAGAGACAGCGGGAA